UUUAGUUUUAAGGUUUAACUGCAGUUUGUUUGAUUAACAGAGUCACUUGGAGGAGACACAGAAAAAAUAAAAACAGAGAAUCCAAGAGAGUGAGAAAAAGAUUGAGGAGUUGAGAAGAGCUGUGGAGUCUCACAAGCGCUCUGCACAGACAGCAGUGGAGGACAGUGAGAGGAUCUUUACUGAACUGAUGCACUCCAUUGAGAGAAGACGCUCUGGGGUGACACAGCUGAUCAGAGAUCAGGAAAAAGCUGCAGUGAGUCGAGCUGAAGGACUCUUGGAGCUACUGGAGCAGGAGAUUACUGAUCUGAGGAGGAGAGACGCUGAGCUGGAGCAGCUUUCACACACACAUGAUCUCAUCCAGUUCCUGCAGUCUUUCUCUGCACCUCCUGGAUCUCCAGUCUUACCCAACAUCACUGUCAGUUCUCUUCUGUCUUUUGAUGAAGUGAUAAAAUCUGUCUCUCAACUGAAACAACAACUGGAGGAUUUCUGUAGAGAACACAUGGAAAAGAUAUCUAACAGAGUCACAGACAUUAAAAUUAUCACUGAUGAACCCAAGACCAGGAAUGAACUUCUACAAUCUACGGGGGUGACAGAUAUGCAGCACCUGUCUAAGAAAGUAAGGAAACACGAGAACACCAGGGCACACAUGGAUAAUUCUGUCAAGUUAGCCAUAUUGGGAAGAGUGAACAUCGCUAUACAGCUCGCACAAGAUAACCUCCUAAAGUGUUUCCAGACCAUCAGAGACUCUGGGAAUGUUGAUCCCGCAACUGUCAGAGAGGCUGGGGCUUUGUGAGGAUGCUUG